AUGCAGCAAGCCCCGGGAGCAUCAGCACCGAAGCCGCUCUUCUUCAUGGAGAAGCUUGGGCGACUGGUCUCACUAUACCGCCCAGAGAAAACAGAGGCAUCGAAUUCUAGCUCUGCAAACAAACAUCCGCGGCUCAUCAUCGUCGGCAGCUGGACGGAUGCCAGAGAUGUCCACAUAGCCAAGUAUAUCGUUAAAUACCAGGCGCUGUAUCCCGGGGCCCAGAUUCUGCUCCUCAAGAAUACGACAGCAGAAAUCUACAGACCAUCACGCAUUGGACCAGCCAUGAAAGCUGCCGUCCCCGUUCUUCGUGACGUCCACCCGCCAGGACCACUGCCCUCGUCACCCGAGGUCCUGAUUCACAUUUUCUCAAACGGUGGCUCUGGUAGCAUUGCCAAUCUCUAUGAACAAUUCGCAGCUUCAGCGGGUUCUGGCGAGCACUUUCCACGACAUGUCACCAUUCUUGAUUCCAGCCCGAGUGUCUACAGUAUUGGCCAUGCGGUGACUUUUGUGACCCUCAACAUGCCGUCAUUCCAGCGGAUAAUUGCCACACCACUCCUCUAUAUCUGGGCUAUCGCGUGGUCCGUCUUGAUUGCACUGGGUCUUGUGGCGAGCUCAGGUGACUGGGGAAAGGCUCAUAACAAUAAGCCUGCCGAGACUGAGGCCCGGCGCGUGUACAUCUAUAGCGGUGCCGAUGUGUUGAUUGACGAUAAAGGCGUCGAGAGCCAUGCGGCCGAUGCCGAGGCAAAGGGAUUUUCUGUCAAACUAGAGAGAUUCGAGGGCUCGGCUCACGUCGCGCAUGUAAGAAAAGACGAGCACCGGUAUUGGGAUAUUGUGAAGAAAGCAUGGGGCGGAUCUUCUUGA